CCAAGGCCAUAGCGAGGCGGACGUUUAGCCCUUUUACAUACACCCAUCCUAGCUUCCCAUCUGCCAAAAUGGCAGUUAUCUGCAGGCUUGCUCUCACAGGGAUUCUUUGUCUUACCCUCAUUUACCAAGUUUCUUGCGUCUGUCGGUCCUGUCCGUAUAAAACACCGGAUGAGAAAUGCAAAGACAAAUAUCAGCCCAAGAACGAGCUUACAGCUUGCGUACCCAGUGCUGAAACAAAUAAAAAGAUGUGCUCCAACUACAAGGGGGGAUGGAAGGCCAUCUGCAAAGUGGGAGUAUCAACGUUCCAGUGCAAAACGUUAUGUCCACAAAACUCGGCCGCGAACCUGAACUGUGACGUCAUCACCAUGGUCGCUGUCGUUUUUUUCUCCAUCUUGCAUCGUUUGUUUCAUUAAUGAUAUCAAACACUGAUAUGUAUGGUACUGUUUACAUUUUAAAUGAAAGAGUAGAACAUUAUGACAAAUUCCACGACAUAAGAAUUUCUUCUCAGGAGUAGGGACGUCUCGACAUAUUUAACUCACAUUAUAAAUCUCGAUACAUAGAUUAUCGAUAUGAUCGAAACAUAAUCGGAACCUGGAUUCAGUAUUAGAGCAUCAUCCAUGUGCACAAGUGUAAAUUCAACAUCUUCGAAACUGGUACACAUAAAAUCAAACAGAUUUAUCACAUCGUUACAAGAAAAGAAUAGUCGCAUAUCGUGGCAUAUCGAUGCAUCGAUGCGAUUAAUCGUGAUAGCCUUAGAUGAAAGCGUUGUAUAUAUUUCUUAGAAGGGAAUACUGAAAUUUAUUUUCACUGGGAAAAUAAAAGUAUAUCUCAAAUAAAUUAUAGUUAAAAUACUAAAGACACUUAUAUGGUUAAAAACACUAUAUAGCUCGAAGACAGAUUAUAUAAGUUAAGGUCAAAUCGGUGAAGUCCUGUACAUAACAUAUACCACUGUCCAGUGUCAUUGUCUCGUUCUAUUCCAUGUUAUUGCUAUUUAAAGAGAGACAAGGUUGGGCCAGUAAGCAGUCUUGCAAGUGUGAUUCAAGUCCCUCAAACCCCACCUGGUCUGCUCAAAUCCUAUAAUGUAAUACAACUUUGCAGUUCAUAAUUUCUCAAAUUACACAGACUAUGGCGCAAUUUCACACGUGUAAUAAAUAACACAGAUUUUGGUACACUGUCUUUUUUCCAGAUAGCAGUUAUAGUAUGAAUGUGUGCUUUAUACAGAGAAUACAGUGAUUUAUUGAUAGUUAAUGUAAUGCGAAAAAACUGUCCAAAAAUGUUCUGAUUUUCUUUGCGGAACAUGAAACGCCUCUGGUUGUAUGCGCAAACACGACAUGGCGCGAUGUCUGCAAGGGAGACAACUCUCGAAUUCGACUGAUCAAUUUGAGAACGUUUGAUCAUGCGGUGACAGUUCCUUUGUUGCAACUUGAAACGCCAAUGAUUUUAUGUGCAGACACCAUAGCGAGAUGUAGACAAGGGAGGCAACUCCUGAAGACAUUUGAUCAAUAUGUAACAUUAGAUCCAGCGGUGAUAUUUUGUAUAUUUUUAUGUAUAUAAACUAACAUUUUGUAUCUACAUCAUGCAAUUAGAUAUUUAUUAUUUAUAAGUGAGAUGUUUUGUUCCGUAGAGGGACAAGGAGAGUGUACAACCGGAUUAAAUAUCUGUUUCGUCAGGGUUUUACAGGAUAAUUUGAUUUGUUUAAUCGUACGAUUCAAUGUAUGGUGUUUUUGUAAUAACUUGGUACAGGGAUCAGCUGAUCCAUAUUUACAUAAACGUUCGUUAGACUUUAAAAAGACUGUAACGUCUUUUUUCUUCCUGUUGAGUCUAAUAACUAAUUUCAUUUUAACCAUUUAACAUAUAUAAUUUCAUUGUAAACGGGUUUUUUUUAACCCCUUCAUACUAGUGAAGUUAACCUGUGACUUUUCAUUCCUAAACUAUACGUUUAUAAUUUCUAGUUAUUUCACACAUAAUUUUGUUCAAAAUCUCGUAAAUCGCGUAGCUGUGCGGGCAAUUGCUCGUGAGUAGGAGCGAAACGCAUGGAAUGCACGUGCAUUUUUGUUGUAACAUUAAGGUAUCAAGGUUUGCAAACAGACUUGUGUGAAGAACAAUAAACUGGAGUAUGAUUUUAUCGGAAAAUAAUUUGUAUUGGUAUGUAUUUCGUAGAUAAAGAAUAGAGGUUCGGUCUUAUUAGUUCAUAUCCGUUGGAAGCACUUGUAAAAUAGUCUAUAUGUCUCCAUUAACCUUUGUGAUAUUGUGUCUUUUUGCCUCAAUCACACAAGGUAAUUUUUUCACACUGCAGUGAAUCUGUUAUACUGUAUGAUUGUGUCUCUUCUAUGUGUGAGUAUUAUUCAUGUACACAUGUUAUUUAUUCAUUUGCAAACAUCUUUUGAAAUAAACAUUUUGGAAAUAGG